AUGAACCCGACCUUCCAAGCAAGCGGGAGGGUGCUGCCAGGAAUACCGCGAGACUCGGGGACCGAGGGACAACUAGGUGCCCCACAACGGGAGCAACACCUUCCCCUGGGCGGAGGACGAGUGCGGACAGAAGAGGUCCGAGAAUGCAGCAGGCCGAGGCGACCCGGGCCAGGAGUCCGCCGGGGGGUCGGGGGUGGGGGGGAUCCGGCUCGGGGCAACCCCAGCGCAGCCAGGUCGGAGACGGCAGGGGUCUCCCGGACCGCGCAAGCUGAGCCGAGGCCCCAGUUCCCGACUCCCGCCGGCAGACCGAGGCGCGGCCCUCACCUGUCUCUGAGGCGGUCGGUGGCAGCAGCGCCGCCCGGGAAGGGCCGGCCCGCCGCCGGCCCGCCGGGAGGGGAAGCUUCGGAAGAGGGGCGCGGCGUCGGGCAGACGCGGUUCCAGGCCGCCAACCAGGGGGUGCUGAAUGGAGACAGUGAGUCCCCGCACCCUCAGAGGGCUAGUCAGUCACACCGGUAUGCUCUCCGCGGCGCGGGCGAGACCGCACAAACGCUACCCGGGAUGAGCCUCAGUCCGGGCGGCGGCGGCACAGGGGCGGAGGGUGAGGGGGGCGGAGGUUGUGGCCGCCGGCGGGGCUGCCGCGCGAGCUGCGGCCGCGCUCUGGCGGGCUUCCCUGCGAGACGUUCGGCCAGGCUUGCCCUACCCCGGCUAGCCCGAGACGGCCAGCUCCGGCGCUCGGACCCGCCUCGCCCUUCCUUUCCUGGUCGAGCAGGAACGCAGAUAUUAUUAGACAUAUCAGAUAUUAUUAUGCCCAUUUACCUGAAAAAGGCAUUGAAGUUCAUGAAGAGUGUGACCUGCCCAAGAUCUUUAUGGAAUAUUCUGACACGUGGAUGCCCCCAGGUGUAUGCAUUAGCAACUCUGGGGACAUAUUAAUAGCUGAACGAAAAUUUUGUAAAUAUUUACUCAGUUGGGGAAAUGAGGUAAAUUUCUACAUCUUUGGUCUUUUCAUA